AGUGUUUGACGGGAAGUAUUUACGACAAAUAGCAGCCGAGAUGUUGGGUGAAACACUGAUAAACCAGACAGCCACAAAUGUUGUCAUUUCUGCCUUCGACAUCAAGCUUCUUCAGCCAACUAUAUUCUCAAGCUUCAAGAUAAAGGAUGUUCCUCACUUAAACGUCAAACUGUCCGACGCAUGUAUUGGAACCUCAGCGGCACCGCGACUGUUUCCGCCCUAUUAUUUCAAGUACCAAAAUACUGAAUUUAAUCUCGUUGAUGGCGUUUUCAUCGCACCUAUGCCGGCAAAUCUUGCUAUCAAUGAGGUGUUACGACAAGAAGAAUACAAGAAUAGAGAAAUCAUUUUGCUAUCCGUUGGAACUGGAAAUACAAACACUACUUCCCCGGGUUUUGAUGCUAAUCGCACUUGGACUGCUGCCGAUUGGGAGAAGAGCAAUUUAACUAUGAUUGAAGCUGCAUCUUCAACCAUGAAUGAAUAUCGCAUUAACUCAACCUUCAAACUUCAACCACAGAACUACCUUCGAAUCCAGGAAUACAAUUUAGAUCCAAGUAUUUGUUCGGCUGAUGCUUCAGAAGAAAACAUGGAUAAACUUGUACAGGCAGGACAGGAUUUGCUGAAUGAACCAGUUAAAAGGAUGAAUGUGGACACUUUUGUUCCUGAGGAAACUGGUGAAGGCACCAAUGCUGAAGCUCUGGACAAGCUGGCUCAAAUUCUUUAUGAAGAGAAAGUUCGUCGUCUUGGAAAGAGAGCAUCGAAAUUCACGAGAGGAUUCUUCGGUGCUUUUUCAGCCACUUAUUGA